AUGCUGCAUGCUUCCUUCGCGUUCGACUCGCAGGCUGGGCAGCCUAUGAGCUUCGCUCCCAACCUUCCUUCAGGCUCUUCCGGCAUGCCCAAGUACAGCCAGAACCAGUCGAGUCCUCCCCUCGGGAGCGAAGAAGUGAACGACGCUCUCAUGGAAAUCAUUCAGUGCUGCAUUCCGGUGCCGUGCGAUGACGUCAAGGUAGACGAGGAUGCACCGAACAAGUUCGAAGCUUAUAAGAGCGAUGGAGAUGUCGUCUACUUCAUCUGGAUCGAUCGCAACGUGGACAACCUCAACUUUCUCCUCGAGGUUCGUAGGAUGCUACAUCGAGAGGGCGUCUCUUUCUCGUACCGACAGCUGGUCAAAGAGUUCUACUGGUCCCUCACUAUCGCCAAGAAGACAAAGAUCGUUCAGGUGUCCGGCAGACGCUACGAGCCGCCCAUGUAUCCCCAACCAUCGCAGACUACCAUCAUGCCGCAAGCCCUUCAGACACACGUCAAGACCAUGUCCAACCAUCAGCUUUGCUUUGAGGCCACGCUCACGUGUCAAACGCUCGUUUCGCAGUUCUUCUCCAAGAUCCUGUACUCUGAGCUCACAGAGUUCCUGAACAUGAGCACUAUGCCGGGGAUCAUCAGGUUCCUUUCAGGGGGCAAGCAGGUCAAUGCUCUCAAGCCUGAUUUCAUCAAGUUCAGCGCUCUAAUUUCGAAGAUGGAACCGCGCUUCAUCCUGCGCUUUAUCUACCUGUUAAUCUUGGCAGGCUCCACACCUGCGAUCUACAGUGGCGAGCGUGACAAGCUGAAUGCCGAAGUCGUCUUCACCACCAUGAAGCAAGUCAUCAUCAUCGACACCUUGGAAGGGAUUUGCAGCGGUCACCUCGGCAGGGAUGCAGUCAUAGUGAUGAAGCUCGUCUCCUGCGGCUGUCUGCUGGCUGUUGACAUUGCACAGAACUGGGCGGCACUGGUGAUGUUUAUCAGCUACGCCAUUGUGUUUCUCCUGGAGGGGGUGGAAGCUUUUGGGAUGAAGAAGUACGCCGGCAAGUACGACGAAUACACUCUCCUCUCUGCACUUGCGAGAUCGAACGAUUUCGGGGUCUUGGUCAGGAACGCGUUUGACACGAAUCCUGAUUGGGCUAUUUAUGUCGACAGGCACAACGAAGGAGUGGUAAUGCCGAAUGGAGAUGUUGUCUUCGUCGGAGAUCAAGUUCAGGCAACUCAAGCAGAGUCUCCAACGAGAACAAACCUGGACACAGAGUACAAGGAGGUAGCGGUGUUUUCCAUCAAGCAAGUGAAGGAGCAGAUACCAGCGCUGGUCAAGAAGACGUCAGGCUAUCUCACAGGUGGUUUCGUGGCUGCCACUGGCCUCGUCCUCCUGGAUGGAUUCUUUUCGGUGGUGAUCAUUCUUGCCAUGGUUCUCAUCUCAGUCAUGAUCUGCGAUGACUUGACUCAGAGGUUUGUCGCCUACAACAUGAACAAGCACUUCACGUUCAUCAUCAUCAUCGCCCUCGCUGCCGCCCAGAAUGUGGCCGUGAGCAACGUCGGGUGGGUUCAGGAUAGCUCGCAGAUUGACAAGAGCCAAGACAUCUUUCCUCUUGCAAGCCUCGUGAUCCUUCUCGGAGUUGCCUCAACCAUCCUGAUCAAGAUGGACUUGUACUUCUCUCCGGAGAAGAGCAUCUUCAAGUCCAACAACACCGGCCUCACCCGAGUUUCAAUGGACAAGAUCGUCAACGGCAACUUCGACGCCCUGGAUGUCACCGAGUUGGCUGCUCUGAUUGACUACUUUGCCGUGCGAGUGGAAGGAAAGGACGACACUGACAACGUCUCCAAGUACAGCUUGAAGAAGCUGUGGAUCGAUCACAGGAUGGCAGCCAUGGGCUCCCUGCAAGAUGGGGACAUCGCCAAGUUCCUGGAUUGGUAUCAGCGCAGAUUGAGCAGCCUGGCCUAG